AUGUCUAUUGCGCGCAUGCGGUUGACUAAGGAAAGGGCGGAUUGGAGAAGAGAUCACCCUCUGGGCUUCUCCGCUCGGUACAUGCAAAACGCUGACGGACCUGGGCAAGAUAUUAUGAAAUGGAUAUGCAAAAUUCCUGGAAAGAAGGGUUCAAUUUGGGAGGGUGGUGAGUACACCCUUACCAUGGAGUUCACUGAGGAUUACCCGAGCAAACCGCCCAGAUGUAAAUUCACCACCGUUCUAUUUCACCCUAACGUAUACCCUUCUGGUACGGUUUGCCUGUCCAUCUUGAAUGAGGACGAGGAUUGGAAGCCUUCCAUCACCAUUAAACAGAUUUUACUGGGUAUACAGGACCUGCUAGACAACCCUAAUCCCUUGAGCCCCGCACAAGGGGAACCUUACAUUCUGUUCGUUAACAACCGUGAAGAAUAUAUCAAGAAAGUUAGGCAACAGGCACUGGAAUUGAGACCUAAGGACUGA